AUGGCCAUGAAGAGCGCAGAUGAGGUCUAUCAGGAGAUCAUUACCUCAUAUCAAGACCUGGAAAAGUUGCCCGAGGGGCCGCAUCUUUUCUGCCCCAAAAUCAGCGAUGACGACGAAGAGCUCUACAGCGCCCCCAAGGUGGCCGGGGAUACCGUCAGCGCGGAGGAGAAGCAGCAGCGCAUAUCUGACGCGAACCAGCGCGCGAAGCUGGCUUGCUGGGCUUCUCUUAUUCUUGGAGUCGAUGCAGAGAAGGCCGGUUCAUGGCUGGUUGGCUGGAAACAACGGGUCGAGAAGUUUCUCACCAACUGCGAUGCUUGUAUUCGCGGUUGGCAUAUGCAUCGGAAAGAUCUCCUUGCCCGACUACUGAAGGAAUUUGACGACGACACAACAUACAUCAUGGAGCAGCGGCUGAAUGCGUUCGACAAGGCUCGGAUAGAUCGCGGUUUGAAAGCGGCAGCUACCAUCCUGGACGAGGAGGGUCCUAUGAGCACCGCAAAAUUGCUCGGCUACGAUGAAACGGCGGUGUUGGCGCUCUAUGAAGCCUUGUGCUGUGUGCCGUAUCUCAGUUUGCCAGAGAACCGGACCACCUUCAAUCACGUCUUCCGGAAGACACAGGAGAAGAAACCGUUGAAGAUGGGCGAGGGAGUCAUACCCACAAUGACCAUUUUCCUCUUUGACGAUGAUCCAUACCGAACAAGGUUUGCUAGGACUGCUUGGGAGAGGUUGCCAUCCCAGUCCCUCACGGCCGAGCAGUUUGAGUGGGCGGUAAGUGAACAUUUGGCCAAUGCGGCCAAUAAUGUAAACUCACCAGGCGCUACCCUGGAGCAAAUCCGUCGGUUCUGGGAUGCCAUCCCGGUCCUCUUGGACGCCAUGAGCGAGGAGCUCGUUCUCCAUUCUCUUCGCGGCAUGCAGGAUGCUGAUGUCUACAACCUCGCCAUCCAGCAUUUGGUAUGUAACUCUGACGAGGUUCUUGCUACCGUGAUCAAGGCCAUCGUCGCCUUGAUGCAGAAGUCCUCCCGGGCCUUCUGGUCCGCUCUUGCUCUGCUCCCGCCACCACAAUUGUCGAUGCAAAUCUUCAACAGCCCUGCCUUCAAGAGUCUCCUUGACCGCUCGCUCGAGGAUAGCAUGAUGGUUAAUGAGGGCGAGGGCAGGACUCCUAUCCUAGUAUCGUUUAUCACAGUCCUUAUGGAGUCGUUGCAAACGGAACAACGGCACGACGUUUGUGACUUUCUCCUUCGUCAAUUUCUCGAGACUUACAUGCUCGAUCAUAACGGCAGCAAGGAGAGCAAGGCCGUCUGCAUCCUUGCUGGGCUCAAGGCCCUGCAGCUGACACUGGAUGGCUUUCUGGAUCCAAAGUACAAGAUCCUCCCCACGACGUCCUACCUCUACAUCAAUCCUCUCAUCAACAGCACCAAGAAGUACAAGGAUGUCAUCGUCGGUGCCGCAGAGCUGCAGAAAACAGAUCGAUAUAAUGUCGGCUUGUCAGAUGUGGCCCUGUCCAUCGUCCAGUCAUCCUUGACACUGGAUGCACUGGCUACACGGCAAGAGUGGAGGGCUGCGCAGCACAGAAGCACACCCAGCCGGGUUGUAGAGAGACAAUCAUCCCAAUUGUGGGACGGUUUCCGUCAAGCUCUCUUGCCAGGCAAGAUCGAGCUGGCCAAGGCUCUUUUGAUGCCCACCUUGUACUAUCGAGGCGUUCACCUCUUCCGCCCCGGUAAGAAGGACCUCGAGGUGAAAGAAGACGAGAAAAAGCAGUUCAACGUCUCCUUCGAGCCGACUGUCGAAGUCAUUGGUCGUGUAAUCGACAGAGUUAGCGACUUUGACAUUCACACCUUGAAAAAUCUCUUCGCUGCCGGUCGACCCGGCAUCAUCGACCCCAUCGUGGCGUCGUUGGUCCAUGCAGAAGACGCAAUUAGAGAGGCGGGGGUCCUCUUCAUCAAGACGCUGACCGAGGAGGAGGAACGCCGGAUCGCCAUUACCAAGCUGCUCCACGACUAUCCUGACACCUUUUUGGCUUCUUUUUCCGACACGGUCGACCGAAUCACUGUUGACCGACAACAGAGGCAAUCUUUCACACCAUGGCCACCCAUGCCAGCGGUGCUGGCCUGUAGCCGUGACGUACUGGCCGGUCUGUGCGAUACAAUGGACGGGCUUCUACGGUCCAAGACCCUGUCAAGGCAGGAGAAGGUUGCUGUGAAGGAGUGGUGGUCGUUACAAUGGCAGUACGUUGACCACUCGUUCAAGACUACGAAGUUGACCUGGAGCUUUAUUGUGCCCAAAGCCGUCAUGGAGGACUACUGCCGCGAUGUUAUGGAGCUGGCAUCUGGUCUCUUGAUCCAGGAUGGUGUCAUUGCAUCUGCUCUAGGAGACCCUUCUGAUGGGAUUAUGGCGGCUCGGGCGCUCAAAGAAGUUCUUGACGCUCCGCGCCUCUGGUGUGUCGGUUUAGUGGAAAUGCUCCAACUGAGAGACCCUUAUCUCGUGCGCGUCAUUGUCGGCAUCUUGACAAAACUCCUGGGUCGUUUGAAAGACAACAACAUUGAGCCGCUCGGCAAGGCUCUUGAACUCAUCCGGAAUGCAUGCACACCGAAUCCUACAGUGCCUGGGAAGUACUUGAUCAACACGAUCAUGGACAACCAACAACGUGCCGAGUUGCAAAAGGCGCUUGGUGACGAUAACGAUGCAGAUGUGGAAAUUGUGGCAGUCACCAGAAGACUAGGAGACAGAUUACAGGUCAAGCCUAAGAAGCAGACGCUGCUCGAGCAAUGGUCGUCUUCGGGGACCCCGAAGCCCACCCCAUCUGGCUCGACCACGCCGAAGCAGACUCCAGCGGCUCGCACCAUGAAAGACUAUAUGGCUGACAUGACGGCAAAUACCAACAAGCACAAGGCGACCCUGGACAAGAUAAAGACCAAGCACGCCGUGAAGGAACAGAAGACUCUAGUCGCGAAUGCAGCGGCCAUCAAAGAAGCACGGGCACGCGAUGCAGCUGAGCGGCAGAAGAACAAGGACGCAGCCAUUGCCAAAGCACGGGCGUUGCGCCAGAGCAUCGUUCCUGGCGAAGGAUCUGGACUUCAAGGCGUGGCGGGGGUCAUUGGAAAGGAUCACGCUCCUAUGAAGAGUGAAAUCCUAGUCAACAGCGAGUCGGAGGAAGAGUCUGAAGACGAGGACGAGGACGACAUGGCUGCCCUCCUAGAGCACAGUGCCUCGGGCGAAAAGUCACUUGCCGAAGCCGAGCUGCGGAGGCAAAAAUUACUCGCCGCAAAGGCUCGCGGCCCGGUCAAGAAAGUCAAGGUCCAACGAUCCGCCAAGGACAUGCGAGCUCGUCUCAUUCCGGACAUGGCCAAGCUUCACCAGGCCAUUCUCGAGUGGGACAUCUUUCAUCAAGGAAACGAUCCGCCCAACGGCUACAAGUGCGAGAAGGUAGCUGAUAACUACCUCACGCCAAAAGCGUACAAGGAGACCUUUUUCCCUCUGCUCGUCUAUGAGGCAUGGCGGUCGUUUGUCACUUCCAAGGACGAGACGACAGCCAAGCCCUUUGGCGUCAAGGUCCUUACUCGCAUGACUGUAGACAAUUUCCUCGAAGUGACGACUUCGAUGCCCAAGGCGCUGAACAAGGAUCGUAACCUGACUGAGGGCGACAUCGUCAUUCUCUCGAAGGCCCAGGAUCCUCUGAAUCAGCCGAACGAACCGCACUGCCUGGCGCGCAUUUGGAAAACGACCUAUAAACGUGAUGUUCUUGAGGUGGCCUAUCGCCUGAGCGCCAAGGGUAAUCAGAUCCUGCCUGUGUUGCUCCCAUCUGCGGAGUUCCAGGCCGUGAAGAUCACCAACAUGACUACGAUCGAGCGCGAGUACGCUGCGCUCGAGAGCUUGCAGUACUAUGACCUCAUGGACGAAGUCCUGAGCGCUGAGCCGUCGCCGGCGUUGGUGUUUAGCCCACAGCGCAUCAGCACGAUUCAGGAGACCUACCAGCUGAACCCAGGUCAGGCGAAGGCUAUCAUCAACGCCAAGGAGAACGAUGGGUUCACUCUAGUUCAGGGUCCUCCCGGAACAGGUAAGACGAAGACUAUCGUGGCGAUGGUUGGAGUUCUCUUGUCCGGUCUCAUCAAAAACAACUCUUCCGCGGUUGCAAUUUCCCGUCCUAUCCCCGGACAGAAUGGGCAACAAGCAAUGCCAAAGAAACUCCUGGUUUGUGCGCCCAGUAACGCUGCUGUGGACGAGUUGGUGCUGCGUCUCAAGGCGGGUGUUGUAGAGGAGAACGGCACGCGGCGUAAAAUCAACGUCCUGCGUCUUGGACGCAGUGAUGCCAUCAAUGCUGGCGUGAAAGAUGUUACCCUCGACGAAUUGGUCAAGGCCGAGUUCGAUGCUCAGGUCAACCAGAACUCCGGACCCAGCGACAAGGAGAAGCUGCACCAGGAGGCUGGGGAGAUCAAAGCAAAGUUGGCAGAGCUGCGACCUGCACUUGAAGCUGCGUCCUUCGAGACGGACAACCGAGAGCAUGCGAAUGCUCUUCAGCGCGAAAUCGACCAGCUAAGGGCUCGCCAGCGCCAGAUUGGCGCACAGAUUGACCGCGACAAAGACAGCGGUAACACUUUUGCCCGUGAGGCCGACAUCAAGCGAAGACAGAUCCAGCAGAGGAUUCUCAACGAUGCCCACGUUCUGUGCGCAACCCUGAGUGGAAGUGGACACGAGAUGUUCAAGAACCUCAACGUUGAGUUCGAGACAGUCAUCAUUGACGAAGCGGCGCAGUGUGUUGAACUCGGUGCUCUGAUACCGCUCAAGUAUGGCUGCUCCAAGUGCGUGCUUGUCGGUGAUCCAAAGCAGCUGCCGCCAACGGUGCUGUCUCAAUCUGCUGCUCGGUACGGCUACGAUCAAAGCUUGUUUGUCCGCAUGCAGCAGAAUCAUCCGAACGAUGUGCAUCUCCUAGAAAUUCAGUACCGUAUGCAUCCUGAAAUCAGUCUGUUCCCCAGCGAGGUAUUCUACGAUAAGAAGCUCGUCGAUGGCGAUGGCAUGGCCACGGUGAGGCGCCAGCCGUGGCACGACAGUGCUCUGCUGGGCCCGUAUCGAUUCUUCGAUGUGGAGGGUGUCCAAGAGCGAGGGCACAAGGGUCAAUCACUCGUCAACGUCAACGAGCUCCAGGUCGCGAUGCAGCUGUACCAGCGGUUCCGCACCGACUAUAGCAACCUGGACCUGAAGGGCAAGAUCGGCAUCAUCACGCCCUACAAAGCACAGCUGUUCGCUCUGCGAUCGCGCUUCACCGACAAGUACGGCGAAGAGAUCCUGCAGGAGAUCGAGUUCAACACGACGGAUGCUUUCCAAGGACGCGAGUGCGAGAUCAUCAUCUUCUCUUGCGUUCGUGCCAGUCCGAAAGGCGGUAUUGGUUUCAUGACGGACAUUCGCCGUAUGAACGUUGGUCUGACGCGUGCCAAGUCUUCACUCUGGAUUCUCGGCGACUCUCGAGCUCUGAGGCAAGGACCGUUCUGGCAUCAGCUCAUCGAUAACGCCAAGUCCCGCGAUCGCUACACCAGCGGUGACAUCCUUACGUUGCUUCGAAGGCCGGGUGUCAAGGGAGCACCGCAGCCAGGCUUCAACGGCGCUGUCAAGAAGGAGCAGAUCAAGCCUUUGGGCACGGUCGACAAGGACGGCGACAUUGAGAUGAAAAAUGUCGGUAGCGGAACUACAGCGCCGUCGACUCCUCAGUCUAUCCCAUCGCGCAAGCCACAGCCACAACCUCAAGCCUCGAAUCCUUAUUCCACCCCUUUUGUUCCGCCUGGCCCUGACAAGCGCAUCGAUGGCCUCAAUGAGAAGGGAGAAGCGGUGCCGUUGGCGCCGCGGUCAGGACACAAACCAGUAGUCCACACGAGUGCUAGUGUACCGAAGAAGCGACCUGCAGAAGACGACGGCGUGACUCCGCCAUCGAAGAAGUUACACCAAGGGCCGAGUGCGCAGAAGGUGCAGAUACCCACUGGCCCUAGAGCGAUGCAGGGCAGGCCCGUUCCCCCUCCACCGCGACCAACUGACCCUUCUGCAAUGGACGUGCUGGGCCUGAACAAGCCCUCGCCUGCUGCGCAGACAUCGUCUGGGCCGGGUCGGUCUACGUCAGAUGCCAGGGGUGGAGCGCCGCCGCCACCGCGCGGAGGUGGCCGGCCACCACCACCACCGCCGAAGAAGUCGGAUCUUGCCAAGGGAGGAAUGGUGCCGCCGCGGAAGAAGGCGCCAGUCGAUCCUUUCGUGAAGAGGAAGCCACCAAGACGAUAA